AUGAAGAUGGCACGAGGUGCUCUGUUCGUGCUCUUCGCCUCAAUGCUGGUGGCGUCCGCAGUGUCUCGCAAGCUCCUCGCCGACGGCGAGGGCCCAAAGGGUGUCGUCGACACCAUUGCGAAGCACACUUUCCACGGCGAGCUGUCCGACUCGCUCGAUGCCUUCAUCGGCAACCUGUCUGAGGAGUUCCAGGGCUUCAUCGACUCUCUCCAUGAUGGCCACAAGGACUUCUUCAAGUUCAAGAAGGGCAAGAAGCCCAUCUUCACCCUGGACCCCCCGGAGGUCGAGGGCCCGGCCGCCGAGUUCGACGACUAG